UUCAUGGGAGACUUGCAGACAAGUCUUUGGUCGAAACGUAUAUAUGCGUAUUACCCUAUACAGUGGUUUUCUUCUGUCAAAAGCAAUAGCUCACAUUCCCUCAUAUAUACAAUCAUCCAUUCUCCUAUUUUUUGCCGUAUAAAUUCGAAAUCGUAUUUAUCUACCAUUGUACUUGCUACCUACUUCAAUUUUCCCAACCUAAUUCACAGCUGCAGAUUCUUGAGUAGAGAUUCUACAGGGCUUUGCUAUCAUUAUUUGAUUGAAUGGAUGUGGAGGGAUCAAGUACUUUGUCAGGAAAUGGUGCACAAUCUGUAGAAUCUCAGUCACGUCCAGUUCAACGACAUUUGGAUGAUGCUGUAUAUCAGUUUAAACAACAAAAUCUCCCAGCAUGUAAACCUGUCCUUACACCAGCAUGGGUCAUUUCGAUGUUUUUCUUGAUAGGCGUCAUUUUUAUUCCAAUUGGACUUCUCUGUCUUUAUGCUUCUGAAAGUGUUAUUGAGAUUGUUGACAGAUAUGAUAUAGAUUGUGUGCCAGAUAAUUUCAAGAGUCAAAAAGUUGCUUACAUCAAAGAUACCUCAGUUUCCAAGAAUUGUACACGUUACUUAAAGGUGCCCCAAAAUAUGAAAGCUCCAAUUUACAUCUACUAUCAACUCGAUAACUAUUACCAGAACCACAGAAGGUACGUCAAAAGCAGAAGUGAUAAACAGCUUUUACAUGGAUUACAGUACAAUGAUACAAGUUCUUGCAAUCCCGAAGGCGAAAACAAUGGUCUCCCAAUUGUUCCUUGUGGUUUGAUUGCAUGGAGCUUGUUUAAUGACACGUAUUCCUUCUUCAACGGGGCAGAUGCUAUAAAAGUCAACAGGAAAAAUAUUGCUUGGAGGAGUGAUCGUGAACACAAAUAUGGGAAAGACGUUUAUCCAUCCAAUUUCCAGAGCGGGUCUCUAAUUGGUGGUGCAACAUUGGACCCUAACAUCCCUCUAAGUGAUCAGGAGGAUCUCAUUGUAUGGAUGCGUACUGCUGCUCUCCCUACCUUUCGUAAGUUAUAUGGAAGAAUUGAAGUGGACUUAGAGGAAGGUGACUUAAUUAUGGUGAAUCUUGUUAACAACUACAACACGUACAGUUUUGGUGGAAGGAAGAAACUUGUUCUUUCAACAACCAGCUGGCUGGGAGGCAGGAAUAACUUCCUUGGGAUGUCCUAUGUCGCUGUCGGUUCCUCAUUUAUCUUCCUCGCUUUUGUCUUCUUGUUACUUCAUGUGAAAAAUCCAAGGUCUUAUGGGGAUACAAAUUUAUCUUGGAACUGGAAAGGCAUGUCAAACUAGAAGGCAUGACUAUUGCUAAAUUACAAAUUUGGCUUCAUGAAGUAAGUGAAGUUUAUUAAUGAGAACAACAGAAUAUCUUCUAAGUGGUUGCAUUUUGUUCAUAAAUUCUAUGGUUGGGUGUUGGAAUCAUAAACCCAAACAAUUGGUAUAUCAUUUCAGUUACUUGUUCUGGCAUGCUAAUACCUAUGUGUAUCUUUGAAAUGCUUUAGCAAAAUCCCUAGCUACUGUUGGCUAAGCGUGUAAAAGUUAGCUAACUAGCUAUUUA